AUGCUUUUACUGUUGGCAUUGCUGCUGCUCUGUAAUGAAGUUGGCAACGCACACUGCUCAACUAUCCACGAAAACAGCGUCGAUCUGCACUCGCUGCUUGCCUUCAAGCAGAGCAUCACCAACGAUCCUCAAGGAGCCUUGAGUAACUGGGACAACAGGACCCACUUCUGCCGCUGGAAUGGUGUCAACUGCACCUCCACGACACCACCGUUCCGUGUCUCGUCGCUUAUUCUCGCUAGCCAAAACUUAGCAGGCCAAAUUAGCCCCUCUCUUGGAAACCUAACUUUCCUCACGUGGCUUGACCUUUCCGGGAACUACUUUGUUGGCCCAUUGCCUGUCCUUGGCCAUCUUCAAAGACUACAGACACUUUACCUCAACAACAACAGUUUAAAUGGGAUAAUUCCUGAUUCACUUACCAACUGUUCCAACUUUAUCAACUUAGAUAUCUCUGUAAACUCCCUCGUGGGUGUAAUUCCUACAAAACUGGUCUUCCUUUCAAGUCUGGCCUACUUAGAUCUCUCUGCAAACUCGCUAGCCGUGGGUCAAAUUCCUCUGAAACUAGACUUCCUGCCAAAACUGAUUUACUUGGAUCUCUCUGUAAAUUUGCUAGUAGGCCAAAUUCCUCCGAGUUUAGGCUUUCUUCCUAAUCUAACAUAUAUCUUUCUUCGAUCAAAUCAACUUAAGGGGAGCAUUCCUGAGCUUGGGCAAUUUCCGCAAUUGCAAGAGCUGAUCCUGGGAAAAAAUAAGCUUUCAUGUGAACUCCCACAUGCCAUCUUGAAUGCUUCUGGUUCGCUCCAAAUUUUGGGCUUGGAAUUCAAUAUGCUAAGCAACACAUUGCCACCUAAUAUUGGCGACCGACUUCCUAAGCUCAUUCAUCUUACAUUGUCUGGUAACACGUUUGAAGGUAACAUCCCAGCUUCCCUAGGAAAUGCUCAAGGUUUAAAACUGAUAGAUUUAUCAGAUAACAGUUUCACAUGGAUAAUUCCUACUUCUUUUGGGAAGCUUUCAAAUCUGACUAUUCUAAACCUUGAGAAUAACCUGCUUGAAACAAGGGACAACAGAGACUGGGAGUUCUUAAAUGCACUAAGAAAUAACAGUUUCACCGGGAUAAUUCCUACUUCUUUUGGAAAGCUUUCAAAUCUAACUACCCUAAACCUUGAGAAUAACCUGCUUGAAACAAGGGAUAACAGAGACUGGGAGUUCUUAAAUGCACUGAGAAAUUGUCGGUCUCUAAAGGUACUAUCAGUCUCUUUGAAUCAGCUGCAGGGAUCUACUCCCCAGUCCAUUGGUAACCUAUCCCCCAGCCUUGAGCAACUCUUGCUGUUUGGAAACAACUUAUCAGGACAAGUACCCCAGAGCAUCAGAAAACUUAGCGCCUUAAUUAAACUGUCAAACAGCUUCACCGGCCUAAUCCCAUCCUCUGUUGGCAAACUUACUCGAUUGACAUAUCUGCAUAUAGGUGAAAAUGAGUUCGAGGGCCAUAUACCAGCCAGCUUGGGAAACCUUCCACUCUUACGGCUGCACCUUGGCGAUAACAAUUUCCAAGUCUAUAUACCAUCAAAAUUUGGAAACCUCCAACAACUAAUAUCAUUGAAUCUCAGCCACAACUACCUCCAAGGUGACAUACCUCACAUUAGUACCCUUAAGCAACUUACUACUUUGGAUCUUUCAUCAAAUAAGCUAACAGGGCAAAUUCCUGAUUCUUUGGGCCAAUGUAACGGCUUAGUGAGUCUGCAAAUAGAUCAAAACUUUAUGUCGGGAAACAUUCCAACAACAUUUGGCAACCUGUUGUCACCGAGCAUGCUUAAUAUUUCACACAACAACUUGUCAGGCACUAUCCCGUUAGCUCUGAGCAAACUAGAGUACCUCAUCAAUCUUGACCUUUCGUGUAAUAAUCUAGAAGGAGAAUUACCAAGGAAUGGAGUAUUUGGAAAUGCCACAGCUGUUUCAAUUGAGGGUAAUUGGGGGCUCUUUGGAGGUGCGAUAGAUCUUCACAUGCCCAUGUGCCCUACUGUUUCUCGGAGGUCAGAGACACAAUACUAUUUGGUCCGAGCGUUGAUUCCAUUAUUUGGCUUCACAUCACUUGUAAUGUUGGCUUACAUUGUAUUCUUUGGGAAGAAGACGUCACGAACAACAUAUUCGGUUUUGCUUUCUUCUGGUAAGAAAUUCCCUAGAGUUGCCUACAAUGAUGUAGCUCGAGCUACAGGGAAGUUCUCAGAGUUAAACCUUAUUGGGAGAGGAAGCUAUGGUUCAGUGUACAGAGGAAAGUUAACUCAAGCUAAAAUACAAGUGGCUAUUAAGGUUUUUGACCUUGAUAUGAAAUGUGCGGACAAAAGUUUUGUAAUAGAAUAUGAGGUUUUGAGUAGAAUUCGGCACCGGAACCUUGUACCUAUCCUAACUGCAUGUUCAACAGUACACAAUAAAGGUGACACUUUCAAGGCUCUAAUUUAUGAAUUCAUGCCUAACGGGAAUUUGGACACAUGGUUGCAUAACAAAUUUUUGAGUAGUUCUUCAAAAUAUUUGAGCUUAUCUCAAAGAGCAAUCAUAGCUACUGGUAUAGCCAAUGCAUUGGCUUAUUUACACAAUGAUUGUGAAAGGCAGAUUGUACAUUGUGAUUUGAAGCCAAAAAAUAUCCUUCUUGACGAUGAUAUGAAUGCUUACUUUGGAGACUUCGGCAUUGCAAGCCUCAUCGGACAUUCAAGCCUAGCUACCUCAACUGGGCUGAAGGGAACGAUAGGCCACAUAGCUCCAGGUAUAUAUAUAGCAGUACCUGCACUUUCAUUUUGA